AUGGCAAUGUGCCCGAAACUGAUGAUGGGCCAAAUGGUGAAAACUGAAACAAGUACCGGUAAUGAUGACGAUGGUAAUGAGUGGGAUGACAUAAAGAGUACUGUUAGACAAUUUCCCUAUACUGACAAUGAAGGGUUAGUAUAUGAUUUUGACAUAUCAAAUCCUGUAACAGUAUUAGAGCAGUUUUUAACAGACGAUAUUAUUAACCUCAUCGUAGAAGAAACAAACCGAUAUGCCCGGCAAGAUAUUUCAAACAAUAUCCCCAAACAGAGGUCUUUUAUGAGGCAGUGGAUUGACUGUACUAGUGGAGAAAUAAAACAAUUUCUAGGGAUUUUGAUUGUGAUGGGGAUGUGCCCUUUGCCUCAAAUAAGGUUUUACUGGUCAAAUGACACCAUGUUUAAAAAUGACUUCAUAAAACAGGCUAUGAAGAGAGAGCGGUUUGAAAUGCUUCUUCGAUGUCUUCAUUUUCAUAAUAAUGAAGAAGCAGUAGGUGAAGAACCCAGGAUGAAAAAGCUCCAAAAUCUGCAGGUCAUGUUAAAUGAUAGAUUCAAAGCUGUCAGGAUUCCAGGUGAAACUGUAGUUAUAGAUGAGACCAUGGUCCCGUGGAGAGGCAGGCUUAAUUUCCGGCAGUACUUGCCGGACAAAUCACACAAAUAUGGUGUGAAAAUAUACAAGCUUUGUUCUCCUGAUGGCUAUACCUGCAAGUUCAAAAUAUACGUAGGUAAAGGUGACAUUACAUCUGGAAAAGGCCACAAACAAAAAAUAAUGCUGCAUCUUAUUCAUGAUUUCUUAGGCCACGGCCGUUUGCUGUACGCUGAUAAUUAUUACAACAGCGUCGAGUUAGCUGAGGCCUUGCUUAAAAGAAAAACUUACCUUUGUGGUACCUUGAGAAAGGAUUUGAAGUCCAAUCCGAAGACUGUUAUAAGCAAGAAAUUGAAAAAGGGUGAAGUGUAUGCGCAGGAGAACAAACAAGGUGUAAAAGUAAUCAGCUGGGUCGACAAGAGGCGAGUAAACUUGAUAAGUACUCGACCUGAGGAUGGGGACAACUUAUUGCCCAGUAAAAAAACCAAUAGAAAUAAACGAACCAAUCAUGAAACCUAG